AUUCAUUCUCUUUCUCCGUCUCGAAAAAAAAACUCUCCCGAAGGCGAAAGGCGAUUCAGAGAUCGUGAAACGGUGAAGGUAAAUCGCGUGCUCUUAACUCAAUAUUUUUGGAUUAGGUGUUGAUGCAUGUUGAUUAGUCAGUUCUAGGGUUCUAUCGUGUGGUAAAAAUCGAUUUUAGGUUUCAAAUCGAAUUGGGGAUUUUUUUCGAUUUACGGUUUUCGUCUAGGUUUGUUAUUUUCUGCAUCUCGAAUCGGUUCUUUGUUGUUUGAGAGUUCUAUCGUAUGGUUUUAAUAGAUAUAGGGUUUGAAAUUGAGUUGGGAUUGACUUCUGGAUUGAUUUACGUUCCGUGAAGAGUUAUAAAUAAUUUUACGGUUCGAGAUUGAUUUGUAAAUCGAUUACGGGUUCAGGAUAGUCGAAACCAUUUGUGUUAAGCUAUCCUUAUAGCUAAUUAUGAAUCUGAUAACAUGAUUUUCCUUGCAGGUUUUGAAAUGGAGGAAGAACUUCGCGAUAAGAAAGCACAAAAAGAGUACUACAACAUGAUCGAUUUUGUUGCAAAUGCGCAACAGGGGAUUCCCAAAAUUUGCCCCUGUGGAUCAAUCACGAAAGAAACCGUUGAUGAAGAUGAUACGUACGACUACCUCCCGGGAAAAAGAUACUUUAUCUGCAAAGACUUUGAGAAUGAUGGGCUGCAUUUCAGGCAACCAUGGGUUACGGCUAUUCAUGAAGAAGUUGAGAGGCUCAAAGAACGGUAUCACGAGCAGGCGAAGCUUCUGAGAGAGUGCCAGGCAGUUAAGGUGAGUGAUGAGUGAUCUGUUAUGUCUUUAGGACUUUACUUAUAUGUGGGUAGGACUAUAGUUCUGUAAUAACUGUAUGAUGUAUGUUCAGGACGAGGUGAGAAUGCUGCAGGACGAGGUGAGAAUGCUGCUUAUGCGUGUGGCUGAACUCGAGAGAGCCCUGUGAGGUUAGUGGAUUAAAUUAUCCUUCAUCUCUGCCUCGUGUGAAAUUAGUAGGAGUUUGCAAAUAAUAUCCAUACUGCUUCAUUAAAUCUCGCUUUCAAACGAAAACUUCAUUAACUCACUCUCUAGCUGUUAUGAUAGGACAGUUUCCUACUAGGAUUAAAUAGAGUUGAACUAAAGAUCCCCAUUUAAUCUUCUGCGUUUCUACAAGAGAAACACAGAGUGAAAUCCGAAAAUGGAAAACUCCACUUGCUUUGUAAACCUUUUAGCUAGCCAAGGGUGUGUUGAGCUUGACUCAUCGGAACCCCUUUGCUUUAACAGCCAAUGUUCCGAUGAGUCUACUGUCAAAGAGAGGAAGAAAUGGACACCAAAGGAGGAUAUAAUCCUCAUUGGUGCUUGGCUCAACACCAGCAAAGACCCUAUAGUCGGGAAUGAACAAAAAGCUGGUAAGUUCUGGCAGAGGAUUGUACAGUACUACAACUGCAGUCCUCAGCUGGUUGGGACAAUCCCAAGAGAACUUGGGCAAUGCAAGCAAAGAUGGGCUAGGAUCAAUGAUUUGGUGUGUAAAUUUUCGGGCUGCUACGAGAUGGCAUUGAGGGAGCAGAGGAGCGGGCAAAAUGACAACGAUGUGAUGAAGGCUGCUUUGGAUAUCUUCUACAAUGACCACGGCAGUAAGUUCAACUUGGAACAUGCGUGGAGGGAGCUUCGACAUGAUGUGAAAUGGUGUUCCACCUAUCUCGAGAAGGAGAGCGGUCGGGAGAAGCGCAAAGCAGUUGCUUCUGAUGCUCAAGGGUCAUUCGCGGAGCCAGAAGAAAGACCCAUAGGAGUUAAGGCAGCUAAGGCUGGUAGCAAGAAGAAGAAAGGUGGAAAAGAAGAAGAAUUGGAAAAGAUAGAAGGACUGUUGGCGCUCAAAAAACAAAUCUCUAGACAGAAUGUGCUAGAGAGUUUACUUGCAAAGACUGAGCCACUAGAUGACAUGGAAUUAGCUCUGAAAAUGAAACUUAUGUCUGAAAUGAUGUGAUGAUUGUUAGCUCUAACUUUAGUACACAUUUGCUGUUCGUUUCACUAUGUUUAAUCAUCUCAUUUUCUCUAUUUCAGGUGAUGUACAAGACCAUGUGCCUGACGAAGACAAAAGCUGCUGUCUCUUCCUUAUGUAUUCACGGGAUGCUUGUUUUUUUCUCUUAUUUUUCCAUGUGAACCUA